AUGCUUGACAAUUGCCUACCAUCAAGGGAUUCUGCCCACGGCCAUCGUUCAGUGGAUGAACAAGAGAGAAGAACCGUAACAAAUCAUCUGAUGGACAUAGAGCAUUUAGAGUCAAACGUUCAGUUGGGAGUGCGUAAGCUGGGCAACCGGGGCAACCGGGUGGGAAGCGAUCAAGAUGGGGAUGCGCAGUAUCGUCUAGCGCGUCGUUGCCGGGUGGAAGUGUCCUCGUCCAGUCAGGAAGCCGAAGCUGAAGAGGAAGCAUAUGAGUUGGGCUCCGAGGGGGGGGAUCAAUCUGCUGCAUCAAGUGACUGGGGCGACCUCUGUACUGAUCACGACGACUCUACAUGGGACUGGGACGAUGGCUGUGAUUGGACGGAACUGCGCGCAUACUUCAGCAUCUGCCGCAUUGACCCCCAUUUGGGGUGCGAUUGCAGGGAGCCUGCGUCCCAGGUACCAAGCCCAGCAGCCACGGCCCCGGCGCAAUCAAGGGCUGAGCCGACGCAGCCAAUCGACCCCAUCCUCGCUGCUGCUCAUUAUUUCCACGGCCUUGGCGUAGUGACCGUCACCCACGACCUUCAGGAAAAGCUGCAAAAGAACGGCAAAGUCUGCAAAGCCCCCUCUCACUGGGCGUCCCCCAAACCCUGGAAAGAGGCAAACCUCAGCACCUGCCUUUCCGAAUUUGCCAAGCCGGGGCGCAACUCUAUUGCCAUCGUUACAGAGGUGUCAGACAUCUAUGCUCUUGAUGUGGAUGUGAAGGACGGGGGCUUUGAAGCGCUCGAGCAGAUGCUUGAAGAGCACGAGAAUUUCUUAGAAGACACGCCCCGCCUAACCACCGGGAACGGGGGGCUGCACAUCCUCUUUUCUCUCUCCCAGUCCGAGCAGGCUGGCCUGCGCAACUGCUGCAACAGAGCCCGAAUUCGCUACAAGGGUCAAGCGGUGGGCAUCGAUGUGCGCGGGAAGGGGGGGAUGCUGUACACUGCACCCAGCACCUAUACGGCUCUUGAUAGCACACUGCGGCGCUACGAAUGGGACCAGGAGAUCUUGCCUGACCGCUCCAGUCUCAGAGCCGUGCCAGAAUGGCUCAUCUCCAUCCUGAACAACGACAGCGAGGCAACAAGCGGGGGUGUCAAGGUACCUCGGGAGGGGGGCAAAGCCAGCGAGUCGCAGACUACAUCUUUUGGACCUCCUCGCGAGAUCGAAGAGUCUCAGCAGACCCCCCCAGCAGCAGUCUUGGAGCGCGUCAAAGCUUGCGUGGCGGCUACUGGUGACAACGCCUCCCGCUUUGAUCGCCUCAAGGUGGGCGUCAACGGGCCAAUGUACGUGUUCCGAGUGGACGGCCCUCGACGCUGCCCAUACGGCAAUCACCACGACGGCGCCAACAACUUCAGCGUGUUGAUGCGCAAGAGGAACCUGCUCUAUUGCUGCAAUAGCUCAGAGUGCCAGAGAGUCCGUCCUUUACUAAAGAUUGGAGAGCUCACGCGCUCAGAGGCCAUGGCCGGCGGCGAGACCCAAGCUUUUUGUGCCGACGACGUCACUGCAAUAAACGCCCUGCACAAGAGCUUCGUGGAUCACUGGGCUUUUGAGGGCGAUGUCGGCGGCAGCAAGAUUGUUGCUGAGAUGUACGCAAGCUGCGGCAGAUUAGGCUUUGAUGGUGUGUGCUGGCACUAUUGGAACGGGCGGCGCUUUGUAGCUGAUGAGAAGAGUGCAUUCUUCGUGAAAACCGUUCUCAUCAAUCAGCUGAGGAUCGUCUACAAGCGAGUGAGGGACGAGUUGAGUGCAACGAUUGAGGCAACCCCGGAUGAGGAAUAGCGGGAGGCGCUGAAACAGCAGCUGAAGCGCCUGCGCACGUACAACAAUAGCCGAGAGAUGGGCAGUACCCUGGAACUCGUCCGGGGUGAGCUGUUUGUCCCCGAUUUCGUCCAACAGCUGGAUGCAAACCCGGAUAUUCUGAACGUCAGAAAUGGCGUGCUCCUUCU